GGGAUGAUGCGAAAUAGUAACGGCAGCAGCAACUCAUGCGUCCUUGAAUCCUUGGAAAUAACGCAGUGUUCAUCUCUCAUUUGCUUUCCAAAAGGGCAAUUACCUACCACCCUUAAGAAACUAAUCAUAGGGGAGUGUGAAAAUCUAAUGUCUCUUCCAGAAGGAAUGAUGCACUGCAAUUCCAUCGCCACCACCAGCACCAUGGACAUGUGUGCCCUUGAAUUCUUAAGUCUAAAUAUGUGUCCCUCUUUGAUUGGUUUUCCGAGAGGUAGGUUACCCAUCACUCUCAAGGAACUCUACAUAAGUGAUUGUGAAAAGCUGGAGUCUCUACCAGAGGGAUUAAUGCACUACGAUUCCACAAAUGUUGCUGCUCUUCAAAGCCUGGCUAUCUCUCAUUGUUCAUCUCUCACAUCCUUCCCAAGAGGCAAGUUUCCCUCCACCCUUAAGGGACUUAACAUUUGGGAUUGUGAACACCUCGAGUCAAUUUCAGAGGAGAUGUUUCACUCUACUAAUAAUUCAUUUCAAUCAUUAAGCAUCGGGAGGUAUCCUAAUCUCAGAGCCCUACCAAAUUGCCUUUACAACCUCACAGAUCUAUAUAUUGCAAAUAAUAAAAAUUUGAAAUUAUUGCCUCUGAUAAAAAACCUCACUUGUCUUACAUCGUUUUUUAUCUCUCACUGUGAGAAUAUCAAGACCCCCUUAUCCCAAUGGGGCCUUUCUAGACUCACCUCUCUUGAAAACCUCUCAAUUGAAGGCAUGUUUCCAUAUGCAACUUCCUUUUCAGAUGACCCCCACUUGAUUAUUCUUCCUACAACUCUUACCUCCCUUCACAUUUCUCAAAUCCAUAAUCUGGAAUCCUUAGCCUCCCUAUCUCUCCAAACCCUCACCUCGCUUAGAAGCCUGGUGAUCUUCAACUGCCCUAAGCUCCAGUGGAUUUUGCCAAGGGAAGGACUGGUGCCUGAUUCCCUGUCAGAACUACGGAUUUGGGGGUGUCCACAUCUAAAACAAAGGUACUCAGAGGAGGAAGGACAUGAUUGGCCCAAGAUUGCCGAUAUCCCCCGUGUGGAGAUACAUGACUAAUCCAUCUCUGAGCAAUAAAACAGCUGGAGAUUGGAGAUAAGAUUACAACAUGAUCUCAUGUCCUUGGUAAUUUGUAGAUUGAGGGUUUUCGCAAGGCUUUGCCCCCAAUACCAGUAAAAGAAGAAGAGUUGCCAGGUAAUUUGUACUAACAUUAGUACCUUGUAUCUCUAGUUUCAUAGAGAGUUGAUAAUUGAAUUGGUGCUCAACAUGUGGUCUUUGUCCCAAGAUAGGUGUGUUAUCCAUGCCGAGUAAAUGCCCUAUUCAA